AUGGCAAUCAUAAAAUAUUCUUUUAAUUGCCUAAAAAAUUAUACUUUAUUUUCAAUACGGUUAUUAACAGCUGGAACUUUGAUUUAUUAUCUUUCUAAUUUAAUAUUUACAAUUGAUAAUAUUUUACAAAUAUAUAAGGUUGAAAAUUUACUUAUAAAAAAUUUUCCUGAUUCAAUUUUUACAAAAGAUUUUGGAAAACUUAGAAAAUUAUAUCAAAUUUGGCCACCCUCAUCACAUUAUUUUUUGGCUCCUGUAUAUCCUUUACUAGUACAAUAUAUUGUAAGAUGUCAUUUUGGAAUCAAACAAUUACAAGGAAAUAUUUUAAAAUUACUACUUUUUUACCUACCAUUUCUUUCAAUAUUUAUUUCUAUUUUAUUACUUGGUCCAAUGAGAAUUGGUGAGAUGCAUUUUUUGAUCAUUAUAUUAAAUUGUUUACAUAAUUAUCUAAUUAUAUUAAUAUCAACAUUUUGUUGUUUACCUUUGAUAUGUUAA